GACUGAAUAACGAACGGGGCUAGCCGAACAAGUAAUUACUGACAUCCGCAGGAUUGACAUCAACGGUCCGUAAUCCGCAAGAUUGCCAGGACUGUUACAAGUUCAAAUACCUAGAUCAUGGUGGUGCUAUCCUUUCACAGGGUUUCGCAGCCAACCGGUCCUGCCGGUGGUUUCCUGGUGCCAGGUGCUGCUGCUCAUCUCCCACUUGUUCGUUCCGUCAGCCACCAGUUCUCCGUGGAGAGUUGUUCAGCAAUGAGAGGCCAUGUCCACUUUUAUUGGGCACCCCUAUCCCUCUGUUAGGUAGGUAGGAUUGUUGCCGGUGUGGGCCCGCCAGG